CUGUCUCUCUAACACACACACACACAGACACACACACACACAGAGGGAAGCAGAUAACUGUGAUUCCACUGCUGAAUUUUUAACGCUGUUGUGGAACUUUUUUUUUUUUUUCCAGGCGGGUCACUGUGGCACCGGGGUACUGUUACACUCACAGAGACAGGGAGACAGGGUUCAGUUCGUUUCUUUUGUUUACCCGGGCUGGACUGACACAAACUCUGCAGGGCAUGUGUGGAGGUACGGUCUAUCCUGUCCCGAUGAUGUCACCGUAGCAAUAUGACCCUGAACACKCAGAAAGAGAAGGAGCUCCUGCGGCGCAGAGGCAGCACGCCGGUUGCCCCCCUCUACAAGCAGCUAUCUGGGCCUCGAGACCUCCGGUUCUCCACCAGCAACCAGGCCGGCUCGGAGCACGUCGGACCUCCUCGCAGCCACCCUCCUUUGGGGCACUCAGCAUCCUACCACCCCGGAGACACGUCCCUCCACUACCGAGCCCAGUGGAGCUCGGACUCGGACGAGGACUCGCAGAGUGAAUCGGACUGUGUUUACCGGGUGGUGUUGCUGGGAGACCACGGUGUUGGAAAGACCAGCCUGGCAGGAAUCUUCGCUGGAAUCACAGAGAAAGACGAACAGCCUGGAGAGGACACAUAUGAGCGGACGCUGACAGUAGAYGGAGAGGAAACAACACUGCUUGUCAUGGAUACAUGGGAAAAUGACAAACUGGAGGAGGAUGACCCAUCUUUUCUUGAAGACUGUCUGAAAGUGGGGAGCGCGUACGUCAUCGUCUACUCUGUCACCGACCGCUCAAGCUUCGACUCRGCCGCUGAGCUCCGCAUCACGCUCCGGCGCACUCGCCAGGCCGAAAACCUUCCCAUCAUCCUCGUGGGGAACAAGAGCGACUUGGUCCGAGCCAGGGAGGUCGCCGUGGAAGAGGGCCGAGCAUGCGCCGUGGUGUUUGACUGUAAAUUCAUUGAGACGUCUGCAUCUCUGCAGCACAACGUGGCCGAGCUGUUCGAGGGCGUGGUGCGGCAGAUCCGUCUCCGUCGGGACGGCAGCGAGGUCACGAAGCACAGGAGCUCCAUCUACAAACGCAAGGAGAGCCUCACCAAGAAGGCCCGCCGCUUCCUGGACCGACUGGUGGCACGGAAGAACCAGCGCAUGGCGGUCAAAGUGCGCUCCAAGAGCUGCCACGACCUAGCUGUACUGUGAAAGACACACGUCCAACGACACUUUGAUUUUGACUCGUUUAUGGUUUGGCUGGUUGUGAUUUUGUGGACUUUUGAGUUUCACAAUCAGCAACUGACCUCAGAGAAACCAAUCAGCAGCAAACUGAGACAAACAGACACUAAUGUCCACACUGUGAUCAGAACAAACAGCUCAUGUUUCCGUUUAACUUUCUGUGACUUUUCCUCAUGACCUAAAGGUUGAAGAUGAAUGUAAGGAAUCAUCACUGUACGGUUUAAAAAAUGUAUGUGUGCGUUUAUGGACUGAACGAUUUUCAUCAGUGAGCAUGUGGUUUUUGUUGUGUCCACUCUUGUUGUCCUGGGAUUUUUUUUUUCUUUCAAUUUUGAGUCCGAAGUGUAAAAUAAAACUUUAGAGAAUCUUUA